CCUAUAAAAAAGAAGCUAUGUAUGCCUGUAGCUAUGUGUAUUGUUUCUAGUCACUUGCAACUACUAAAAGUAGCGCUGUGUUAUAUUUGAUCAGUUUCCCGUAACCACAGGCAAGGCUGUGAAGAAAGGGCCUAAAGCUGUUAUUAUCAUUUCCUAUUGCAUAGCCUGGAGAAUUGACAAUUCACCUAAAUUAGAUUUCUCACACCAAACCAAUAUAUUGCAAGUGUUAUUACAUCUCAUCGUAUUAUAAGUGUAACACACUCUUCAUGUGAUUAACCUAGUUGGGUCAAACCCAAUUCGGGCUAUAAUUUCCGAAAUACAGUAGAACCAUUGAAUUGGGGAAGAGCCUUACGAGUAUGCCAUCAGCAUUGCACCCACUGUCAAAUGGAUCAUUCAUUUGUCCUGUGGCUGGUGGCCUAAUCAUAGUCAUAUUGCUUUGGUGACAUGUCAUAUCUUAUUGUAUGUUGCUUCCGACGUGGCCUCCAUAGUCAAGGGGCAAACCUGUCUUUCCAUUUUUUGCUGCUGAUUUUGUGUUUAUACUAAAAGAUAGUGCGUGCUAUCAUUCUCCCUUUAAUUUAAGCAAAUACUAGACUGGAUUGCUCUUAUCUUUCUUUUCCUUUCUCUCCACUCUUUCAAACGGGGCCUCCUUCCCUUUCCUUUCUCGUUCACGCACACAAAAACACACACUGGAUGGAGAACACAUUGUCUGGCAAUGACAGCUCCGAACCUCUCAAGUUUAUGACUUGGGCAUUGAGAGUGUCUAUCCACUGCAAAGGGUGCAAGAAAAAAGUAAAGAAAGUUCUUCAAAGCAUUGAAGGGGUAUAUAAGAUUGAUAUCGACUCCGAACAACAGAAAGUUGUAGUAACAGGGAACGUGGAUUCUGAAACAUUGAUCAGGAAGCUGGUGAAGUCCGGGAAGAAAGCUGAUCUUUGGCCGGGAAAUUCUGAAAAAGAAGGAAUAAAGUCCGAAAAGUCGAAGAAAAAGAAGCAAGAGGAAUCAGAAGCUAAUAAAUGUGAUGAAAAUGCUAGUGAUGAUGCUGAUGAAAACAUAAAAUUUGCUGAGGAAGCUGAAACUGAUCCAAUGAAACAUAAUAACGAUGGAAAAGAAAGCCAACAGGUAAAGCUUGAGACUGUCACUGGGAGUGAUGAUCCUAUGCUGGGAAUGGAGGGGAACGGCGGGGCGCCAGAGCUUGUAACCGUGACUGGUGGCGGAGGGAGCAGUGGACGUAAGAAGAAGAAAAAGAAGGGGAAAAAGGGGAAUACAGGAUCAACAAUUGGUGAAGUUCAAAACGACGGCGGUGCACCAGCAAGUAGUGGAUCCCCUCCCCGCACGGCGAGCUUGGACCCACCGGUCGAUCAACUGAAUAUAAGCCCUCCACAUCAGCCCGUCUUCUACUAUCCGCAGUUUUACUUUGCUGCUCCAGAAUAUGGGAUGAGUUACAAUACUGCACCAACUGCUGCUAGUGGUAUUACCUCAUUUCAUGCCUUGCCCAUGCAUUCUUACACUUACUCGCGCCCAAAUUACUACCAGCCACCUCCACCCUCUGAUCCGGCCCUGGAUAUCAGCAUCCAAAAGGAUCAUUACAGCGACGAUAGAAGUGUAUGCUCAAUCAUGUGACAUAAUCUUGUAUUAUACAAUAAUAUUAUAACGAACAUUUAGUAUUUCAAAAGGUGUUGUAUA